AACAGUAUCAAACAACGCAUUUGCCAUAGCAACUUGUUAUUGCAGUGGUGAAGGUCCGAUAGAAGAACCCAAAUAAGUAGCCUAGCUUACGGCCAAAAUGGCGCUGCCUUUGCUGCCAGGAUAUUCAUUUAACAAAAACUUGGGCAAGGACAAAUUUCAUAAGUCACAGCAUUUUGACUAUUCGAAUGGAGUCCCAAUGUUGGUUGGAUCUGAGAAGCCGGGCAUUGGAGGGGAAUUGCUCCUAGGCCAGAAACAAAAGCCAAAAUACUCAGUGUUUCCCAAGGGAGAAAAUAGUCAUGCACCCUCAUGGGUAGCCUUUGACAAACAGGUGCUGUGUUUUGAUGCAUUUUUCCAAGAGGUUGUGCCUCAGAGCAAGGAAGAAAAAUACAGAGUUAGGAAGUGCAAAAUCUACUUUUAUCUGGAGGAUGACACCAUUCAAGUGGUGGAGCCAGAAUUCAAGAACAGCGGGAUCCCUCAGGGAACCCUGAUCCGACGCCACAGGAUUCCGCUCCCACCUCCAAAUGAUGACCAAUUCUACAACGUGCACCAUUUCAACAUCAACCAGGAGAUGGUGCUGUAUGCCAGGACCUUUAAGAUCAUGGACUGUGACCUUUUCACAAGAAAUUUCCUGAGAAAAUUGGGAGUGCGUAUCAACCCCACUUCCAACAUUCCUGAGGAUCCUUAUAGUAAAGUUCGUCAGCAGAUGGAGGAGAGCAUGAAGCCUUUGCGUCCUUAUGAGAGACAGGACACUUUGAAGCAGUUCCUUGACCACGACCGCAAUGUCCUGUGCUUUUACUGCUACUGGGAUGACUCGGACAGCAUGUUCGGCGAUCCCCGAGAACUCAUAAUGCAUUACUUCCUGGCCGACGACACCAUUGAGAUCCGGGAGGUCAUCUACCCGAAUUCGGGCCGUGACGCCACCCCUAAAUUUCUUCACAGGAGUAGGCUACCCAAGCACGCUCCUAUUCCCGUAAGCCAACCAGGGAAGAAAACAGAUCGCACUGUCCUCAAUGUGUUCGGACCAAUGGGACAUGGGGGACGCUAUAUUUUGGAUAGCCUGAAAACUGGUGCUGUCGAAGAGAACUUCUACAAGGACUGUGACUUGACUAUUGGCAGCGUCGUCAAUGUUUGGGGCAGACGGGUGAUCAUUUGCGACUGUGACAACUUCACCAAAGAGUUUUACCGCACCAAGUAUGGCAUAGAGGACUUCACCCCUGUGCAGUACAAAGCUCCCCCACCCCCCAAGCCAGCCAGACAGGUGCCCCCGUAUAAUGGCUUUGGAUCGGAGGAAGACUCCCUGUGUUCCUGCCAGAGCCUGCUGCCCAAGCCCCCGCACAAGGACUUCAAGAAGCUUAUGGAGAAGGACAGGCAAGGUCUUGAAAGUAACGUGCUGCGAUUUGUCGGCAAGAUGGACACCGACAAUCCCAUUGACAAGGAGCGAGUGUUCAUCAUCUCCUUCUACCUGAGUGAUGACACCAUUGCUGUGUUUGAGCCCACUCAAAGGAACACAGGAGUGAUCGGUGGUAAGUUCCUGGAGAGAGGCCGGGUAAAAAAGCCAGGCCAGGCUCUGUUUAAGAGUGAGAUGUCCGAAUACUUCACCGCACAGGACCUCUAUGUGGGAGCGCGACUCGUGCUCAACAACCAGCCCUUCCAGUUAGUGGAUGCCGAUGAGUACGCCUUCAACUACAUGGAGCAGCACGCAGAAGAGUUCCCAAGGGCCAACAUUGCCACCAUCCUGAGCAAGAUUAAAUCCAUCAGCAAGGAGAAGCAGAACCAGCUUCUGGCCAUGGCUGACUCUGGAGGCAACGGUUUCAUCCUAUACGAGCAUUUCAGGUCCUUGCUGGCGGCCACCGACUGCGGUCUGUCGGAGCACGAGAUCAUGAUGCUGGGACGCAGCUACUCGGAGCGGCAGGAGGCCGAGGCCGACGUGGCCAUGAUGCUGGCCGUGGCGCAGGACCACCUGAGGAAGAAACACUUUGAGGCCUUCGCCGACAUGGUCAGGGUCUUUACCCACGAGGACCGGAACAGGACCGGCCUCCUGUCCAGCAAGGAGGCUCGCACCAUCUGCAAGGCCUUCCAGCUGCCCCUGACUGAUGACCUCCUAAGGGCUCUCCUCAAAACGUAUGAGAGGGAGUCGGGGGAGAUUGACUACCACGCCUUCCUGUCUGGCAUCAACUGGAGGGAGAACCCCACACCACCAGUCCUCCCUGAGGACAUGCUCAAGCCUUUUUCUGUGACCCAGCCCAAGGCCAAACUAACGGGCCAGCCUAUGGUGGAUUACGCAGCCUUUGUCCAAAGACUCACUGGACAGUAAGAAGAAGAGGAGUGAAAACACUGCCGUCAUGGUGUAUGACUUUCAAUGUGCCCCUCGUGACUCCCCAGUCCCUUUUCUCUCUUUACAUCCCUGUCUUCUCUUGAUGAUAGUUCUAUUCUCUCUCUCUCUUUCUCUGUCGUUGCAUUCCUUCCAUCCCUCCUUGUUGUCCAGUCCCAGCCCUCUUCCUCUGGUCAUCUCUGUCCAUCUCUCAUUACUUUCAACCAUGAUGCCCUGGAGGCCUAGUCGCUCUCCAACAAAUCCCCCUCUGCCAAAAGUAUUCCUGAUGAUUCACGACUCUAUGAGAUUAUGCACUUCCUCUGUGGCCAGCAAAACAACAAUAACAACAAAAAUAAAAUCAAACAAAAAAGAAAAAGUUGCAUGUUGAUUGAUGAUGUGGAUUUGCACUGUUCAGCGG